AUGGCUUUUGGCAAGAGAGGUUUUGAGAAACUUGAGCAUGAAAGAAAGCGUCUCGAAAACGAAGAGACCGAUGUCAAAAAGGUGCUCGCCGCAAACGCUUACAGAAUCGAAUGGCUAAGUGAGUGCAUGGACUGGCUUCGCAAGGUCGAUGAAGAGAGACACAAAAUUGAGAAUUUGGAGAAAAGGUAUAAAGAGAGGGAGAGGACUAGAACAAUCAACCAAGGCCAAUCAUGUGGACUCCUUCAAUCUUCUUGGUGCCUUGAUCUAAAGAUUCGCAUGAAAAUAAAAAGGAUCGCCAACCUGCGAAAGCAGAUCAAACUCGACACGAUAAGGAAUCAGAGCGCGCCUGCACUGCCCGAUCGGUUUAUAAAGAGGGGUGCACUCAAGAUAGAUGAUUUUCCAUCACUCAAUAACUAUUUUGACGUGUUGUUUCUAAAGUUGCUUGUAAAAGAUGGUCGUGACAAGUGCGCUAGGGUUUGCAUAUGGGGACCCUCCGGGGUGGGAAAGACAACGGUGCUGGAGAACGUGCACGACAGAUUCUGUGAACUUACGAACACUGAUCAGCCGUUUGACGUCAUUUUUUGGGUAACCAUGACGGAGGAGAAAGGCGUGGGAGACAUACAACACAUACUCGAAAAGCAGUUAGGGUUACAAGCGGAUGAGUUGAUGAGUAACUAUGAGAGAGCAGAAAUUAUAGCUAAAGAGCUGGAAAACAAGAGCUACUUGUUGUUUAUUGAUCAAGUUUCUUCUGAGAUUGAUUUGGUGAGGAUUGGCAUCCGUAAAGGCCAACACAGAAUGGUUGUGCUUGGACGCAGUGGUUGCUACUAUGACGACGAGAUCGGUGAGCGCGGUGAAUCGUGGAAACAGGAGGAUAUCAAAAUAGAGGGAAUGUGUGAGGAUGAUGCCCUAAAGAUGUUCAGGAAAAUAGUAAACUCCAAUAAAGAUGUUAUGAAGAAUGAAGAAAUCAAAAGAAUAGCAACGUUAAUAGUUAGGGAGUGUGGUGGGAUUCCACAGUCGAUCAAGACCGUAGCUUUCAAUCUAGAGAAAGAAAGCGAUCCCGCAGUAUGGUGGGCCGCAUUAUCUCGUUUUGCCAACAGUUGA